CAUCGGCAUUUCAAUGGCUGCAACUUCUACUACUACUAGCUUCACAAAAUCCCAUCCAAAUGUUGAGCUUGAAAAUGAAGAAUCUGAAAACCUUAGCCACGAAUGUAGGGAGUUACUUCUCUAUCUCCCCAAAGAGAAGGGUUGGGACUUCCCAUACUUUUAUCUCUACCAAGAUAUUUGGUAUCCACCAACUCGAAUUCAAGCCAUAAUCUCUUUUCAAAAGCACUUCCAAGCAAAAGAUAAUGAUAUUAUUAUAGCCUCCUUACCAAAAUCUGGCACCACUUGGUUAAAAGCCCUUAUAUUUGCCAUUGUGAAUCGUAAUCGUUUCUCUCCCUCACAACAUAACCAUCCUUUGCUUAUUUCCAAUGCCCAUGACCUUGUACCUUUCUUUGAGUUCAACCACUAUGGAAACAACCAGCAGAUUCCUGAUAUCUCUGACUUGCCUGAACCAAGAAUUUUUGGUACACAUAUUCCAUUUCAUUCAUUGCCAGAUUCUAUUACCAAGUCCAAGUGCAAGAUAAUCUACAUAUGUCGUAACCCAUUUGACCAUUUCGUGUCCUUUUGGCUAUUCAUCAACAAAGUUAUCCCACCAUCAUUGCCCAAGUUAUCCCGUGAAGAAGCACUUGAGAGGUACUCCAGGGGAGCCAAUGAGUUCGGUCCAUUCUGGACUCAUAUGUUGAGUUAUUGGAGGGAAAGCAAAGUGAUGCCAAACAAUGUUCUGUUUUUAAAGUACGAAGAUUUGAAAGGAGAUAUCAAUUUCUACUUGAAAAUAGUUGCUGAGUUCUUGGGUUUCCCAUUCAACUCAGAGGAAGAAAGUAACGGUGUUAUUGAAAGCAUAAUAGAGCUAUGUAGCUUUGAGAAGAUGAAAGAAUUGGAGGCUAACAAGAAAGGCGAGUUUAUGCAGAAGUAUGAGAACAAGAAUUUCUUCAGGAAAGGUGAAGUAGGAGAUUGGGUGAAUCAUUUUAGUCCUGGGAUGCAAGAGAAAUUGUCCAAAGUGAUAGAAGAUAAGUUGGGCGGCUCUGGUUUAUCCUUUUAAUUAUUCUAUUCUGAGCUUAAAUUUGCAUGUAAUGUGUACCAUAAUGUUCUCUCUAUGUGAACCUGCAUUAGGUUUAAUUUUCUUGUAUCCAUUUAUUGUAUGGAAUGCAUGAGUGUUUCAGAGGGCAGUAAAUUUUCUUA